AUGCUUCUACACGAGGAGCCCGCGACGCUCAUCCAACACACCGUCGAGAACUUCAACAUCCAGCCCGACAAGCAAGCCAUCGCACGCAUCAAUGACUCCUACGCGACGCUCCAGCAGGCCCGCGAGAUGCGCAUUCGCGAGGCCGAUGCCGCGCUCAAGAAGCUCGGCCGCCAACUGAACACAAUGUCCGCCCAGCACGCCGAGCUGACGGCAGCGCACUCCUCGACCGCGCACGCCUCGGAGAUCGCCCGCCUCGACACGACGAAAUUCCGCACCGCCAAAGCCGCCUCCGACGCCGAGAUGGAGGCCGAGCGCCUCGCCCAGCAGGCCGCCGACCUCAACGCCCGCCUGCAGGAGCUCGAGAUCCAGGGGCUCGACGGCUCCGCCGACGACCAGCAGCGCCGCCGCGACCCCGUCGACGACGAGGUCCUCCUCCGCCUCAAGGUCUACCGCAGCCUCGGCAUCGAGAUCGAGCGCGACAGCAAGGACGGCGACUUCAGCCGCGCCGUCGUCCGCAACGACCGUAAGGGGGACGUGCACGUCGUCAACCUGGACCCCAAGUUCUCCAAGUUCUUCUACGCCAAUUACUUCUGGCAGACGUUGUAG